AAGGGAUGAGGUCGUCCCUGUGCUCCCCGUUUAGUCGCGUGUACCUCUCGGCAUGGAGGAAGGAAUCAAAUGAGGAGCUUCAGUGAGAAAUAUCUGAAACAAACAAAUCCAACACGCUCCACUGCAGGAAGGAUAUGAACGAGACCACCUUAUAGGAGCUUUAACACACAGCAGGACGCACCGACAUCCUCCCAGGACGCGCUGGAUGUCCCGCGCGCCGACAUGUCGCUCAUAAUCCUGCUCAUCUCAACUUUAGCCCUGCGGUGGCCCGUCGGGGCCCAGCAGCAGCAGCAGCUGCCGGACUACGCGGACGUGUGCACGGAGGGCAGCUGCUACCCGGCCACAGGUGACCUGCUGAUCGGCCGCGCGCACAAGCUCUUCGUGUCCUCCACGUGCGGCCUGCAGCACCCGGAGCGCUUCUGCAUCGUCGGGCACCUGGAGGAGGAGAAGAAAUGUUUCGUGUGCGACUCGAGGCAGAUGUUCGACGACGACAGCAACCAGGUCAGCCACACCAUCGCCAACCUGGUCACCACCUUCGCCCACAACCGCCUCAAGACCUGGUGGCAGUCGGAGAACGGUGUCGAGAAUGUGACCAUCCAGAUUGACCUGGAGGCCGAGUUCCACUUCACACACCUUAUCAUGACAUUCAAGACGUUUCGUCCGGCCGCCAUGGUGAUCGAGCGCUCCAUGGACUUCGGGAAGACGUGGCAGGUUUAUCGGUACUUCGCCUACGACUGCGAGUCGUCCUUCCCCGGCGUGUCGUCGGGGCCGAAGGGCAAAGUGGACGAGAUCAUCUGCGACUCCCGCUACUCGGACAUCGAGCCGUCCACAGAGGGAGAGGUGAUAUUUCGGGUGCUGGACCCCGUCUUUGAGAUUGAGGACCCCUACAGCCUGGAGAUACAGAACAUGCUGAAGAUCACCAACCUGCGAGUGAAGUUCCUGAGACUUCACACGUUGGGCGACAACCUGCUGGACUCUCGCGAGGAGGUGACGGAGAAGUACUACUUCGCCCUCUACGACAUGGUCGUCCGCGGCAACUGCUUCUGCUACGGCCACGCCUCCGAGUGCGCCCCGAUCGACGGAGCGCCGACCGGAGCCGAGGGCAUGGUCCACGGCCGCUGUGUGUGUAACCACAACACCGAGGGACUGAACUGUGAGCACUGCCAGGACUUCUACCACGACCUGCCGUGGCGACCCGCCGAGGGCCGGAGCAGCCACGCCUGCAAGAGGUGCGAGUGCAACCAGCACUCCUCGUCGUGCCACUUCGACCUCGCCAUGUACGUGACGACGGGCAACGUCAGCGGCGGCGUGUGCGACGACUGCCGCCACGACACGGCGGGCCGGCGGUGCGAGCAGUGCGCCCCCUUCUACCACCAGCACCCCGACCGCGACCUCAGGGACCCCAACGUCUGCGAGCCGUGUAACUGCGACCCGGCCGGCUCUCUGCAGGGCGGCCUGUGCGACUCGCACACCAACAUGGCCGCCGGGCUGAUCUCAGGUCAGUGCCGCUGCAAAGCCAACGUGGAGGGGGAGCGCUGCGACCGCUGCAGACGGGGCCACCACGGCCUGGGCCAGGGGCCGCACGGCUGCCUGCCGUGUGCGUGUAACCAGCUCGGCACGCUGUCAGGAGGAAGCUCCUGCGACGCGGACACAGGAAGCUGCUUCUGCAAACGACUCGUCAACGGACGAGACUGUGACGAGUGUCUGCCGCAGCAUUGGGGUCUGUCCAAUGACAUGGACGGCUGCAGGUCAUGUGACUGCGAUCAGGGCGGAGCCGUCAACAACGACUGCGAGCCUCACUCGGGGCAGUGCGUGUGCAGAGAGCACAUGUUCGGCCGGCGCUGCGACCAGGUGGAGUCCGGCUUCUACUUCAUCACUCUGGACCACUACACCUACGAGGCGGAGGACGCCAAGCACGGCCCCGGCGUGACCGUGGUGCCGAGGCCGUACCCUCUGGAUCGCAGUCCCACGUGGACCGGCGUGGGCUUCGUGAACGUCCCGGAAGGAGCCUACUUAGAGUUCUCCAUCGACAACGUGCCCGAGUCCAUGGACUACGACAUCCUGAUCCGCUACGAGCCGCAGCUGCCGGAGCAGUGGGAGCAGGUGAACGUCCGAGUGGAGCGUCCCGUCCUCGACCCUCCGAGCUCCUCCGGCCACUGUGACCACCCCGUGCAGAGCGGAGACGACCAGUCCAUCUCCCUCCCACCUGGAUCCAGACAUGUGCUGCUGGUGAGGUCGGUGUGUUUCCAGCGAGGACUGAACUACACGCUGCACCUCACGCUGCCGCUCUACUCGUCAGUCAGUGACAUCCAGAGCCCGUACACGCUCAUCGACUCCGUGGUUCUGAUCCCCCGGGUCAGGGAGAUGGACAUGUUCCACGGCGUAGCCGGUGAGGGGGCGUGGGACACGUUCCAGAGGUACCGAUGUCUGGAGAGCAGCCAGAGCGUCGUGAAGAGCCCGCUGACGGACAUCUGCAACGACUACAUCUUCAGCGUCUCCGCCCUGCUGCACCAAGGAGCCAUGGCAUGCCAGUGUGACCCUCAGGGGGCCCUCAGCGCCGUGUGUGAGCCCAGCGGGGGUCAGUGCCGCUGUCGGCCCAGCGUCGUCGGCAGGAACUGUGACCGCUGCGCCCCCGCCACGUUCCUCUUCAGCCCCGCCGGCUGCAGACCUUGCGGCUGCGACCCUCUGGGCUCCGUCAGCGCCUUCUGCCACGAGGCGACGGGCCAGUGCGAGUGCGUGCCGGGGGCCACCGGGCGCCAGUGCGCCCACUGCCUGCCGGGCUUCUGGGGCUUCCCCCAGUGCCGGCCGUGCCAGUGCAACGGCCACAGCGAGUCGUGCCACCCGCAGACCGGAGAGUGCCGCGGCUGCAGGGACUUCACCGGCGGACACCACUGUGACCGGUGUCUGGGCGGUUACCAUGGCGACCCGGAGCUGGGUUCAGGUGGGCACUGCCGGCCCUGCAUGUGCCCCGACGGGCCGAGCAGCGGACGCCAGUUUUCAGACAGCUGUUACCUCCUGACUGCUACUAACCAGCUGGUGUGUGUGUGCAGCCCUGGUUACAAAGGUGCCAGGUGUGACGAGUGCGCCCCCGGGUACUUCGGGAACCCCCAGGUGCCCGGUGGGCGCUGCCUGCCCUGCCAGUGCAACGGCAACAUCGACAUGCAGGACCCGGGGUCCUGUGACGCCCAGACGGGCGCCUGCCUCAAAUGCCUGUACCACGCCGAGGGCGACGGCUGCCAGACCUGCAGGCCGGGUUACUACGGCGACGCCGCCACCCAGAGCUGCAGGAAGUGCAUGUGUCACUCGGCGGGCACGUCUCCUCGGGCCUGCCCCUCCCCCGACGAGUGCGAGUGCGACCAGCGCAGCGGCCAGUGCCCCUGCCGGCCCAACGUGGUCGGGCAGAACUGCGCCGCCUGCGCCGCCGACACCUGGAACCUCGCCGCCGGCGCCGCGUCGGGCUGCCAGCGCUGCGACUGCGACCCGGUCCACUCCUCCGGCUCCUCCUGCUCCGAGGUCACAGGACAGUGCUUGUGCAGACCCGGUUUCGGUGGCAAGACGUGUCGGGAAUGCCGAGAACUCUUCUGGGGUGACCCGGAGGUCAAAUGUCACGCUUGUGACUGCGACUCUCGGGGCGUCUCCGGCGCUCAGUGCCACCGCGCCACGGGCCAGUGCUCCUGCGUGGAGGGCGUGUCCGGGCCGCGGUGCGACGCCUGCGCCAGGGGCUACCAGGGGGAGUUCCCCUCCUGCGAGCCCUGCCACCGCUGCUUCGGGGUCUGGGACGCCGUCGUCGGCGAGCUGACCAAUCAGACGCGGCGCCUGGAGGCCCAGGUGACGCAGCUGCAGACCAGCGGCGUGACGGCGCCGUACAGAGAGCUGGUCGGCAGCCUGGAGACCAACGUCAAGGCCGUCCGGGAAAUCGUGGAGAGCAACGCCGCCGCCGUGAAGCUGGAGGAGAUCCAGGAGCUCAUGCAUCAGAUCAUCGGCGUGAUGUCGUACCUCAACGGGAAGCUGAACACGACGGAGGAGACGGCGAUCCAUCUCCACGGCGACGCCAACGCCACCGACGCCGACCUGGCCGCGCUGACCGACGAGGCCGGCCGGCUGGAGCUGAGGGUCCGGGAGCUGAGGCGGCAGGUGGACAACUUCAAGAACGCCAACAUCCAGGGUGCCAUGGACACCAUUGCCGCCGCACACGUGGCGUCUGCGGCGGCCGCGCUCGGCGCCAACGCCUCCACCAGCGACCCGGGGAACACGCUGGAGGCCUCGGCCGCGGUCCGGAGCGCCGCGGAGGACAAACUGAGCGCCGCGCAGACGGAGUUCGACCGCAAGCACGAGAGAAACGCCAAGAAGCUGGACGCGCUGUCCGCCGAGCUGGACGCGCUGGACCCGGCGCCGCUCAGCGAGCAGACGUGCGGCGGUGCGGCCGAGGGCGCCGGCUGCUCCGCCUCCCCCUGCGGCGGCUUGGGCUGCGGCGGCGAGGACGGAGCGGCCCGGUGCGGCGGAGACGGAUGCGGAGGCGUGGCCACGGCGUCCCGGAGCGCUCUGGAGUCCGCCGGAGACCUGGACCGGGAGAUCCUCGCCGCCAGCCAGGAAGUGGACAAGCUCUCCAGGCUGGUGUGGGAAGCCAACAACCGAGCCAGCCAGGCCCAGGUGAACGCUCUGGAGGUUCUGGUGAAGUCCAACCGGAGCAAAGAGAGGGUGGAGCAGAGCAACCAGCAGCUCCGUCAGCUCAUCAAGGAGAUCAGAGACCUGCUGACCGACGACAAGGUGGAGGUGUCGGUGAUCGAGGCGGUGGCCAAUGAGGUGCUGGCGCUGGAGAUGCCGACGUCCACCGAGAAGCUGCAGGAGCUGACGACGGAGAUCCGGGAGAAGGUCGGCGCUCUGACCAGCGUGGAGACGAUCCUCAGCCAGAGCGCCGAGGACAUCCGUGCCGCCGAGACGCUGCUGCGGCACGCCAAGGCCGCCAGUGAGGAGGCGGCGACCGUGAAGGAGGCGGCGGACGUGGUGAAGACGGCCCUGGAGGAGACUGAGCGCGCUCAGAGCGUCGCCAUGGACGCCAUCCUGCUGGCCCAGAACAACACGAGGGGAACCCUGGACCUGCUGCUCUCUGUGGAGUCGGAGACGGCCGUGUCGGAGCUGAAGCUCGGCAACACCACGGGCCGCCUGGUCCAGCUGGAGCGGGAGGUCGGCCUGCUGAGGCAGAACAGCCUGGAGGUCAACCGCCUGGCGGAGGCGGCCGACUGGGCCACCGACCAGGCCCGGCUGAACGCGGAGGAGGCCCAGCAGGAGUUUGACAUGGAGGUGAAGGACAGGUUGGUGGAUGUGGAGGACCUGGUGGAGGACAAAGGGGAGGCGGUGCAGCAGGCGAGGAGGAGGGCGGACGAGCUGCAGCAGGAGGCCAGAGAGCUGCUGGCCCAGAGCGGCAGGAAGCUGCAGAGACUCGGGGAGCUGGAAGGUUCCUACGAGGCCAACCAGCUCGUCCUGGAGGCCAAAGCCGCGGAGCUGGCGGAGUUGGAGCGCGCCGUGCGCCGGGUCCUCGACGAGAUCAGCUCCAAAGUGACGCUGUACAGCACCUGUCUGUGACCUUUGACCUCUCCCCUGGAGUUUAAUGCUUUCAAAGCAUUUCAAACGACAAUCCUGAUUAUUUCAUAGCUUUCAGGACCAAACACUGUAACACGUUUGACACUGUGCCAACAACUUCAUAUUCGUAUCGGACGGCGGUGACAAAAAUACUUUUUAAUAAUAUAAACGAGUUAAAGACGUUAGUGUUGAAGUCACGAGUCUCGAAGGAAACCACUCACAGCCGACGUUGACCUCAGAGCUCCAAACCAAGAAUGUGUAGAUGUGAUUAAACAAUUUAGCUGUAUAAGAUAUUUACAAUCUGUUUUUAAAAUAUAUGAACAUAUUUGAUAAACAUUUUAUACGUAUGUUAAUAAGCCCAAAGAUAUUAAACAUUUGUGGACCAAAAAAAAAAACAAUCGUGAAUGUUUUUGUUUACAAGUAGGAACAAAUAUUAAACUUAUAUUUGACAACAA